CAACACAUUUGAAUCAGGUGGGUGAACACAAUUCAAGCUACAAUUACCUCAUGUUUGUAUAUGAAGAAAAGUCACCAUCUGAAGACACAAGGCAAUUAGCAAUUGUGUGUGUGGACCCAGAAACCAGUAGUGUUGUGUAUGAUGCCUUCACUGACUGUAGGCUGUGUACAGAGCUACAAUAUCGUAUUGACCAGUUGCAGCCGGUGGAAGUUGUAGUGCCCUGCUCUACAUCCAAACAAAUUUACAAAAUCAUUCAACAAACACUUUCUGUCAGAGAAACAGAGAGGACCAAGGUCCACAUAGAGGAAUUUAUGGAUAAUAUUUUUCAACCAUCUCAAUUAUAUACAAUCAUCUCUAACUUUUAUAAGAAUGAGCCUUCAAGUUUGCAGAGAGUAUAUGCUUUACCUAAAGCUGUUGUCAGUUGUAUAGCUGGUCUCAUCAUCUACCUCCAGCAGUUUGGUUUACAUCAAGUCUUAUCUUUGACCAGAAAAUUUCAAAGGUUUUCCAACCGCACUAAGUACAUGUAUCUUAAUUCUGAAUGCAUAAGUGACCUUGAACUUGUUCAAAAUGCAUUAGAUGGGUCAGAAGAUGGUUCACUUUUAAAACUGCUAAAUACAACAGCAACCAAGUUUGGCUGUCGUUUAUUCAGAUCAUGGCUGCUCCAGCCAUUACUACAAGCCAAUAAAAUUGAAGAAAGAUUGAAUGCUAUCAAAGAAUUGAGUGAGAAGAAACCAAAGCAAGUGAUGAACAUGUUUCUCCAGCUGACAGAUUUAGAGAAAGGCUUGUGUAAAAUAUUUUACCAGAGGUGCUCUCCCCUUGAGUUUGAGACCAUCACACAAAGUUUAAUUCAAGUCCAUCACACAUUCCAAGCUCAACAUGACAAGUUUAGCUCCACUUUAUUGAAGAAACUCUUUCUGGACAUUCCAAAAUUUCUCAAUGGGAUCGAAGGCGUCUGCUCAAAAAUGAACAAGUCUGCUGCAAGAUCUAACAGUUUUUGUAACUUGUUUGAUACACCAUGCAUUCAAGUAGAGAAGGCAAAAAUAGAAAGAACAGUUGACAUUUUAUACCAGCACUUGAAAGAGAUCCGAGAUAUUCUACAACAACCACAUAUCAAUUUUGUGACAAUUUCACAAACUGAGUUUCUCAUUGAAAUCAAGCAGAAGGAUUUACAUUUAGUGCCACACGAUUGGAUUACAUUUAGUAGCACAAAAACCCUCUCAAGGUUCCAGUCACCUCUGAUCAAAGAAAAUUAUUUUCUCUUGCAAAAGCAGAGGGAGAAACUGCUACAAACAGCUCACAGAGAAUGGCAGCUUUUUUUACAUGAGUUUGCAUCAAGUCUAAACAUGUACAAAGAAGCUGUCAAACGUUUGGCCAUUUUGGAUUGUCUGAAUGCCCUGGCCAACAAUGUAACAAAGCCCUCCUAUUGCAAAUUUGAUUUCAGGCCAAAGUUUAGCACAGCUCCACUGGAAGUUGACAUCUGCCAGGGCAGACACCCAGUCAUUGAAAGCGUGUGUCAGGGGCAGUUUGUUCCCAACAACACUUUUAUGUCUGUAAGUGGCAAGAGUCGUGUCCUGCUGAUAUCUGGUCCCAACAUGGGAGGUAAAAGUUGUUACAUAAAGCAGAUAGCUCUUAUUAUCAUCAUGGCACAUAUGGGAUCCUAUGUGCCAGCAGAUUCAUGUUCUCUGGGAAUUAUAGAUGCCAUCUUCACCAGGAUGGGUUCUAGAGAUGAAAUGUACAGACGCCAAAGCUCAUUCAUGUUGGAGCUGGAGGAAACAUCUAGAAUUUUAACUGAGGUCACUGAGAGGUCACUUGUUAUCUUAGAUGAACUAGGACGUGGGACAAGCACACAUGAUGGUCAGGCUCUUGCAUAUGCCACCCUCCAUCAUCUCAUUAGAAAACACAAAUGUCUGGUUCUUUUUGUCAGCCACUUCCCAGUUGUCAGAGAAUUGGAGUUUAAAUUUCCUUCUGUUGUUCAUUCUUAUCACAUGGCAUUUCUUGUCGAUGAGUUGACUACAGAAAACAUAAAAAGCUUAACGUUUCUCUACCAACUUACUUCUGGAGCUUCCAAUGAGAGCUAUGGGUUAAAUGUGGCACGUCUAGCAGGCCUCCCUGUUCAACUGUUAGAUAAGGCAGCUAACAAAGCAAAACAAGCACAGGAUGCUAGAAACAUAGAAGAAAAUUUUACAGACAUCUACUUUGCAGAUAUUGAUAGAAAUAUACACCAAAACCUAACCACGUCUUGAAUUUUAAAUUGUGAUUGACAACACUUAUUACAGUUUUGAUGUUAGAAGUGCCUGUAUGUGGGACAGGAUUGACCUCUUAGAUUAUUGUAAAUGUAACAAUUAAUUCUUGUUUGUUAAAUUGUAUGUGGAUGUCAGUUGAGCCUGUCUAUUCAUUGCAAUUGUUGUCAAUUUAUUUACAAAAUUUUCUAAUAAAUUAUCAGGAAUAAACAAGUUUCUUUUCUUUUGAUUAUUAAAUAAAAAGGUUGCUUUAAAGAGGGACUAAAAUAAAUAAUUCAGCAUUAAAAAUUGAACAUCAGAUAGUCAAAAUAGAGAAGUAAUACAGUAAUCCCUGCGUACAGGGAAAAUACCAAACUUGAUCUACAACUCUCAAAGCAAUGUGGUAAAGAUCUACUUGAGAAUACUCCCUCUGGUGUGAGGGGUUAUAGAUCUAGUAGAAGGCUAUAAUAUUCUAUAUUUAAUUUUUUUCUUCCUACUUUGUUCAGGGGGGGGGGGGGGGUUAAGGUUAGCCAUAUUAAUUAAUAUUCCUGGCAGAGAAGUCUGAAGAAAGAAACAAUGGUUUGCUCGAUAGUCAAAAAAUGAAUCUACUUAGGACUUAGUAUAGGUUGUAGCCUAAAAAAUUCACUCUUGCUUAGUUCUAGUCAUCUAGCUCUAGUAUUUGUCUAUUAGAUGAGUAUACAACCUUCUAGAUUCUAUAUAUAUUUACUUUUCAUUAUAACUAUAUAUAUGCUAUACACUUAGUUAGGGGACUAAAUAGAUAAGAAUAGUAAGGAUAAUAAUUAAAUCCCUACAUAUAAAUAAUACUAGAGCUAGCUAUCAUAAUAUUGAACUCGUUGAAAAAAACAAACAAAUCAAUACAUAUUUCACUUUUCAAUGUAUGAUGAUAUUCAUGAUAGUUAACUAAGCAACUUACAAAUCUAUCUCUAGAGUCUUUUUUAUUCUUUUUAAUUUCUUUCUAAGCUAGAAAUCUAGGUCUAGUAUUUGUCUAUUUAUAUUCAAACGGAACCCAUAAGCACUCUCCCCUUUCUAGAUAGAUGUAUCUAGAUUCUAUAUAUAUUUACUUUUCUAUAGGCCUAUAAUUAUAUGAUAAUAUAUAAUCAUAUGCUAUACUUAUAAUACUAGGUUGUAGCAUACAAAAUGAUUUUUUGAGUAUUUUAUCCCAAAAUCAUAUAUUAGUUACUUAGAGGAAGGAUUAAGAAUUCCAUUUAUAUUUUUAGCCUUAAUAGAAAGGACAUUUCUAUUUAAAAUGUACAGUCUUACAUAAGCUCUGUAAAAAUGAAGUAAGUGGGAAACAAAAAUGAUAAUUGUAUAAAAUAUGUUUACAGUUUACAAAAUGUUUUUAAAUUCUAAUGAUAUAUUAUGAAACGGGUGGUUCCUUUAUGUAAAUUUGCAUUAAUAAUUAUGCAGGCUUGUUUCUGUUUGAUGGUAUGCUUUAUUUUUAAAAAAUGUACAUUUUUACUAGAUCUAAUACUAAUUGUAUUGCCGAUGUAUAUAAUUCAUUGCGAUGAAGGCUUGAAUCUUUAAAAAUUCAUAAAAAUUAUUUGUAAAAUUAAAUCACAAUUUAAUAAUUUAUAAAAUAAGAACCGCAAGUGGUUUAUUUAACACAUUUUGUAUAGCUUUUUGUGCAGGCAAGUGUUUAUAUAUUAAAAGAAAGUUGAUUUAGAGCAUAUAUUGUUUUCAAAU